UUUUCAGCCUUCAUGGUUGGAAUCCAAUGUCACUCGUAGCUACCUUGAAGUUUCCUUGGAUUUAACUAGCUAUUUGCAGACUUUUGCAAACACUAUCCACACUUCGCUUCAGAGAUCAUUCAAGCAAAACCAGUCUCUAAUCUUCAUCCCUUUCCAACUUUUGCAUUUCUGAAAAUGACUGAGGCCUUACUUGGAGCUGUGUUUGAGAAAUUGAUCUCUCUAGCUCAGAAUGAAUUCGCAACCAUGUCUGGAAUCAACAGAAAGGCUGAGAAACUAUCACACACUCUUGAACUGAUCAAGGCUGUUGUUGAAGAUGCUGAGGAGAAACAAAUAACAAACAAACCUAUAAAGGUUUGGCUGCAGCAGCUCAAAGAUGCUACGUACGUCCUAGAUGAUAUACUUGAUGAAUGUUCCAUAGAUUCACUUCGUCUUAAAGGAUUGUCCUCUUUAAAACCACAGAACAUCAAGUUUCGCUAUGAGAUUGGCAACAAGAUGAAAGAGAUUUCAAGCAGAUUUGAUGAGAUUGCUAACCAGAAGAACAAGUUUGUUCUGCAAGAGGGUGUUAGGGAAAGGUCAACUGAAGUUGCUGAAUGGCGCCAAACCAGGUCGUUCAUUCCCCAAGCUAAACUAUAUGGAAGAGAAGAUGAUAAGGAGAAGAUUCUGGAGUUUCUUCUAAGCCAAGCACGUGACUCUGGCUUCCUUUCCAUCUAUUCCAUUGUUGGCUUAGGUGGCAUUGGAAAAACAACACUUGUUCAAAUGGUCUACAAUGAUGAUCAGGUAACAAGCAAUUUUGACAUCAAAGUUUGGAUUUGUGUUUCUGAAAAUUUCUCUGUCCAGAGGAUUUUGUGCUCUAUCAUAGAAUCUAUUACAGAAGCAAAACAUGAGUGCUUGAAUUUAGAUGUUACAGAAAGAAAGGUGCAACAACUAUUGCAAAGUAAAAGAUAUUUGCUGGUUUUGGAUGACGUGUGGAGAAAAAAUGAAGAAAUGGAAUUUGGUUUAACCCAAGACAAAUGGAAUAAGCUGAAAUGUCUGUUGUCAUGUGCAUCCAAAGGAUCUUCCAUUUUAGUAUCCACUCGCGAUAUGGAGGUUGCAGCAAUCAUGGGAACAUGUCAAGCUCAUCAUUUGUGCGGUCUCUCUGAGGAUGAAUGUUGGAUGUUGUUCAAACAAUAUGCAUUUGGAACUGAAAAAGAAGAGCGUAUAGAGCUUGUAGCUAUAGGCAAAGAGAUAGUAAAGAAGUGUGGAGGAUCACCUCUUGCAGCACAAGCAUUAGGAGGUCUCUUGCACUCAAGAAUUGGGGAAAAAGAAUGGCUUGAAGUUAUGGAAAGUGAGCUUUGGAAUUUAGCGGGUGAAAAUUCUAUUUUGGCUGCCUUGAGAUUGAGCUACAUUCAUUUAACACCAACAUUAAGGCAGUGUUUUGCAUUUUGUGCCCUGUUUCCUAAAGAUACAGAAAUCAUGAAGGAAGAUUUGAUUCAUCUUUGGAUGGCUAAUGGGUUUAUUGCAUCCAGGGAAAACUUGGAGGUUGAAGAUGUCGGCAAUAUGAUUUGGAAUGAAUUGUAUCAAAAAUCAUUCUUUCAAGAUAUGAGGUUGGUUGAUUAUUCAGGUGAUAUUCAUUUCAAGAUGCAUGAUCUUGUUCAUGAUCUUGCUCAAUCAAUAAUGGGGCAAGAGUGCAUGGUUUUGGGCAAUGCAAACAUGACAGGUUUGUCAAGAAGCACCCACCAUGUUAGUUAUGACUCUGGUUGGGAUGCAUCGUCGCUCCACAAGUGUGCCUUCAAGAAAGUUGAGUCCAUGCGAACAUUUUAUCAGUUAAAACCCUACAACAAAAGAGUUUCAGUUUCUGGUUGUAUCCUAACACCCUGCAGCACUCUUCGGGUAUUACGCACAAGUUCUUUCGAUUUAUCACCACUCAAGAGUUUAAAUCAUUUGAGAUAUUUGGAACUUUUCAAGCUUCGGAUAGAAACCUUGCCCGACUCAAUUUAUAGCUUGCGGAAAUUGGAAAUCUUGAAAUUGAGAUUUUUGAAAAAUCUUAUUUGUCUACCUAAAGACUUGACUUGCUUACAGGAUCUUAGACAUCUUGUCAUUGAAGGUUGUGAUUCAUUGUCUUGUAUGUUCCCUAACAUUGGAAAAUUAUCCCAUUUGAGAACGUUGAGUAAGUACAUUGUCCAUUCAGAGAUAGGACAUACCAUGGCAGAAUUACAUGAUUUAAAACUCAGAGGAGAUUUGCGCAUUGAAGGACUAGAAAAUGUUGGCAAUUCAUCUGAAGCUCAAGAGGCCAAUCUGAUGGGUAAAAAAAACCUCCACAAAUUACAGUUGAUAUGUGACAAGCAGGUCCAGACAAAGCCAUAUGCUACUAAUCCCGAGGUAGUACUUAAUGCGCUUCAACCUCACUCAAAUCUCAAGAAUAUGAAAAUAGAAUACUAUGCAGGAUUACAAUUCCCGAGCUGGAUGGAAAUGCUCACCAAUUUAGUUUCUCUUAAGCUUAAUGAAUGCAAGAAGUGUGUGAAGCUUCCCUCACUUGGUAAACUGCCAUAUUUAAGAAGAAUUAAAAUAAGCAAAUUGUAUGAUGUGCAGUACAUGGAUGAUGACGAAUCUUACGAUGGUGUGGAGGUGAAAGCUUUCCCGUCAUUAGAAAAACUUUCAUUAUAUUCGUGCCCAAAGUUAGAGCCGUUGUUGAAAGUGGAAACUGGAGAGAAUUUCCCCUGUCUUUCUAGUUUGGACAUUCAAACUUGCCCUAAACUUGAGUUGCCAUGCUGCAUUCCAUCCCUUAAAAGCCUCGAGGUAGUUCUUUAUUCCAAUGAGUUCCUAAGGUCACUCUCGUGUUUCAGUGGUCUUACCUCCCUAAGCCUUCACCAUGGGAAUGUAGACCUGACAUCCUUCCCGAUGGGGAAAUUGACAUGUCUUCAGACUCUGGAGAUAACUUGUUCCAAGUUAUUGAAGGAAUUACCAAAUGAACUCUUCAAAAACCUCAACACUUUGGAGCAUCUGAUAAUCCUUUUGUGUGAAGAUUUGGAGUCUUUACCAGAGAAAGGUUGGGAAGGCCUCCACUCCCUUCGAACUGUGGAGCUUUGGGGCUGUUGGGAAUUGAAAUCCUUGCCGGAUGGUGUUCGACACCUCACUUCACUCGAGCUUUUGACAAUUCAGAACUGCCCAGCAUUAGCCAAGAGGUGUAAAGAGGGAACAGGGGAGGACUGGGACAAGAUAGCGCACGUUCCCAAAGUAGAAAUUAUUGUAGAUGAGGAUUGGAACAAGAUAGGUGCUUCCAAUUCGGCAUGAUUCUUGACUCUUUACCAAGUGAGUAUUCUGAUCCCAUGUUGAAAUGGUUUUUGGUAAUUUCCAAUUAUCAGACUGUGUUGUAAUUUUGCCUAAUGGAGGACAACUUCAGCACCAAUUUGAUCUUUACUUUGGAGACUGGAUUCACUGGCAAGCUAGCAAGAGCAUGGUUCAAGAUAGUUGACCAGCUCCGAAUCGAGGACACAAAUAGUUCAAUUCAACAUCAAGCGAGCUUAGCGUGCUCAUGCCUGCAUAUCUUGACUCCAUCAUCAAGAGUGAUUCAAUACUUAAUAUCUCAUCAAGAAUGGCAAGAAGAUUCGUGCUAAUCAUGAUCGUGUCACUGGUUACCUCUAGUAAGCUACUAUUAUUUGAUUAGUUCUCUAAUAAAGCAAUUCAAGUGAAUUAGUGCUGGUGUAUCAGAUUCUUGUGUCGAUCACUACACUAGCUAGUUGCUAUUUGCUAUGCUUUUUGCACUGUCUGUAAUUCUGUAUAUUUAAACUGGAUGGAACUUCCUCUUCUGGCAAGUGUACUUGUAGAUUUGGUGUU